GCCCGGCGCCUUCUGUCUCCGGGUGGCAGCAACGACCAAUGACAGAGCAGGCCCUCCGAGUAUCCGGGCAGAUCGGGGCUGCUCCAGCCAGUCAGAAAAAAGAAAAUAAAGCAACGCACGAGCCCGCCGGGCCAGGACCGUGGGGCUGGGCUGGAGUGAAGGUGGCUGCGAGCUCCCGCCCUCAUGCCAGGAUGGCCGAAGACGAACCCGACACCAAGAGCCCAAAGCCCGCGGGCCGGGCCCCCUCAGGCGGUGCCGAGGCGGGGGAGCCCACCACGCUUCUGCAGAAGCUCCGGGGUACCAUCUCGAAGGCCGUGCAGAACAAAGUAGAGGGAAUCUUGCAAGAUGUACAGAAGUUUUCAGACAAUGACAAGCUGUAUCUCUACCUUCAGCUCCCCUCAGGGCCCAGUACUGGAGACAAAAGCUCAGAGCCAAGCACACCUAACAAUGAGGAGUACAUGUAUGCCUGCAAGUGGAUCCGAAACCACCUGGAAGAGCAUACUGACACCUGUCUACCAAAGCAAAGCGUUUAUGAUGCCUAUCGGAAGUACUGUGAGAGCCUCGCUUUUUGCCGCCCACUCAGCACAGCCAACUUUGGCAAAAUCAUCAGAGAGAUCUUCCCUGACAUCAAGGCCCGAAGGCUUGGUGGCCGGGGUCAGUCCAAAUAUUGCUACAGUGGCAUACGAAGAAAGACCUUGGUAUCUAUGCCACCCUUGCCUGGCCUUGACCUCAAGGGCUCUGAGAGUCCGGAAAUGGGCCCAGAAGUAACCCCAGCACCUCGGGAUGAACUGGUUGAGGCAGCCUGUGCCCUGACCUGUGACUGGGCAGAGCGAAUCCUGAAACGGUCCUUCAGUUCCAUCGUUGAGGUCGCCCGCUUCCUGCUACAGCAUCAUCUCAUCUCUGCCCGAUCUGCACAUGCCCAUGUGCUCAAGGCCAUGGGGCUUGCCGAAGAGGAUGAACAUGCCCCUCGGGAACGGACAUCUAAAUCUAAGAAUGGUGUGGAGAACCUAGAGGGUGGAGCCCAAAAGAAACCAGAGAGACCGACCCAGCCUCCUCAGGAGCUGGAACCCCGAGCUGGGGCUGGUCCCUCAGCACAUGGAGAACGGAAGAAGACUGUAGUAGAGAGUCCGGCCCCAGCAGCCAAUAACCCACAGGUUAAUGCCCUGAUGGCCCGGCUGCCUCUGCUCCUCCCCCGGGCCCCUCGCCCAGUUAUUCAGCAAAUCGCCGUCUCUCCACCUCUUGUGGCCCCCAAGCUUCCUUCAGGCACUCUGAAAUUGACUGCACUGCCUAUGUCCAGUAGAGUUAGGGGAACCCAGGCAGCUGUGCCCAUCAUUAAUAUGAUCUUACCAACUGUUCCUGCUUUGCCUGGACCUGGACCUGGACCUGGACCUGGACCUGUGCAAGCUCCACCUGGGGGGCUCCCUCAGCCCCUGGGCACAGAGAAUAGGGAGGUCGGCAUAGGUGGUGACCCAGGACCUCAUGACAAGGGUGUCAAGAGGACAGCCGAAGUAACUAUGAGUGAGACCAAUGGGCAGGACCCACCAGCAAAAGCUGCAAAGCAGGAUAUAGAGGAUACAGGAAGUGAUGCCAAAAGAAAACGGGGGCGCCCUCGAAAAAAAUCAGGUGGAAGGAGGGAAAGGAAUUCUGCCCCUGAUAAGUCAGCAGCUGCCACGGUCUCUGCCCAGUCCUCAAGGUUACCACGGGAGACGUGGGCUACUAGAGAGGAAAGCAACUCAGCUGGAGGGUCAGAGAGGCCAGGGCCAGUGGGAAAGGCCGAGAAGGGGACGGUGCUCGCCCAGGGUCAGGAAGAUGGUGCUGUUUCUAAGGGAAGGGGCCCCAGUUCCAGUUCCCGCCAUGCCAAAGGAGGGGAAGAUAAAAUUCCCCUUGUCAGUCCAAAAGUGAGUGUCAUCAGGGCCAGCAGAAGCCAUAAGGAGGCUCUUCAUUUGGGAAAGGGAGAGGUGGAUACUGUAGCACAGGGUAAUAAAGAUUUAAAGGGGCAUAUGCUUCCAGGUUCCUCAUCCCAUGAGCAGAAAGACCCCAAAGCGACGCCCCCAUGAUAAAUACGUAGAAAAGAGUGUUUAAACCAGAUGUGAACUCUGCCUGUCUGCCUUGUAAAGCCCUUCUGACUGCUUCUUUGGCUCUUUUCCAAAGGGAAUUCAUGCUCUUCUGUAUAGACAGCUGAGGCACCCUGUCUUACACAGUGCCUGCUUCCUGCCUCUGACCUUUUCAGCUCAAAACCCUUGGCUUUAGAGUCGCUAGUAAGUCUGAUCCAUGUGUUAUCCUGUGGGAACGAUAGGGGUGGAGUAAUAUGAUGAAUGUAUAAGCUAGGAAUCUUCUGGUUUUAAAUAAUAGAAAACCUAACUCAAACUGGUUUAAAGGAAAGAUUUACUGGCUCGUGUAACUGUAAAGUCCACAGGUAGUGCUGGCUCCAGGUAAAGCUGAUCCAGUGGCUCAGCACCUCUCUAAAUACCUGAUUGCCUCGCCACCCGCACUGUUCUACCUUCUGUAGGAUCAUAGGCACCCUGGGCUGCCUGUGGCUGCCAGCACUCCUAGAAUUAUAAUGUCUCCUCAUUUAUAGCCAAUCAGAAACAGGGCAUCUUUCUGCCAAGAAUCCUAGCAAAAACCCUACGAUUCACUGAUUAGGCAAACUGUCACAUGCCCACCCCUACCCAAUCCCUGUGGCCAGGGGGAUGUUGAUGCUAAUUUGCAUCGUCUACAUCAGGACUGCACCUGUGGAAUGAGGGUGGGAUUAGCCUCCUUAGAAGCUGGGAGGGGAAGUUCCUGGGGAGGGGCUGACACCUGGCCACUACUAUGAAGUACAGGUGAUUUUAGCUUGCUAGGUUAAGAUUAGCUAUACCUGCUUUCCCCCUCGUAGUAUUGCGUUUUUCUUACUGCAGCUGUAACCUCUCUUUAUUUUGACCUCAGAAGAAAUGAGAGGAAAGUCGCUCUCCUUUGGGAGCUAUCUCUCCAGUCUCUUUUCCUGUUUUUGAACUUUAGUUUCUCAUUUCUGCCUCCCUGUCUCCCACCCUUCUGCCACUAUCACUAAAUAGAGUGAGAUUUGCUUCUAAUCAUUUUAUUAAAUUCAUUCUGUAUCCACCAGGUGUCAGUCUCUGGUACAUAUGUCAGGACUAGCCAGGUGUAGGCCAGCUGUGUGGAAGGAGGUAGCUCUGUUUCAGGGAACACCAAGAGGAAGGGGAUCCAGACCCUUCAGGUGGGCCAGUGGGAAAAGCAGUAAGCCAGCCAAUAUUGAUCAAGGACCUACUUUGUCUUUUGCAUAGGGUAGCUCCUGUCAGGGAAUCUUGGUUCUUCCCAAGAAAUUUAGAUUUUCUUUCAGGGAGACUUCAUUUGUUCAUUUAUUUCCACCACAGUAGAUUUUUAAAAAUUAUAAUAUGUAAUGUUUGAUAUCUAUAAAAUAUAUUUAACAUGAAUAAAUUAUGAAGUAUAAUAAUUAAAUGACUACCUAUGACCCAUUACCCAAUCUAUACAUUAAAACAUUAGAAAUAUCAUUGACUUUCUUGUGUUCCUCCCCUAUCCUAGCCCCUGCCUCUCCCUAGAGUUAACUACUGUCCUUAAUUUUGUGUUUAUUAAUUACCUAAUAUAUAUAUGUAUAUAUCUUUUAAAAAUGUAUUGUUCAUUUUUGCUUUUAGCUUUAUGAAAAAUUUAUUCUCUAAUAAUA